AUGCAAACAAGCAAUCAGGAAACAGUGCUCCAGAGCCAUCAAACCGUUCAAAACCCAAUGACCCAGCCCUCACUACACGGGUCGUCCUUUAGGACCACGCCAGAUCCGCUGCAAGGAGUGAACGGGUCUCCUCAAUCAGAGUCAACAUCAUCCCAGGACUCACCUACGAUGGGCUGGACAGAUACCAAAGCAUACCAGCCUGUUACAGUUACCCACCAGACAGAGGGCUUGCGGGGGUAUCAGAGUACGCAAAACUUGAUGCAGAAUCAAGUUCCUCCUGCCAUUGCAAUUCACCAAAGACGCCGGCUUCUUUGGUGGGCUCUUCGAUACGCUGCCAUUGCAAUCAUCGUCUUUGUGGCCCUUCUUAUACCAACAAUCACUUUGGGCAACGAUGCCGAUUUUACUGAGGACAGCACAACCGAGAGCAUUCAAUCGAAGCAAUAUCGCAACCUUAUGUUCUAUGUCUGUCUCUGGCUUGAAGUCACAUGGGUAGCAGCAGUUUCAUCUGACCUUGCUGGACUCGGACUUCCCUACCUCUUUAGGUUUAUUGCCAGAUACACCAACCCAGCCCAACAAAAAUAUUGGAGGGUGUUGAAAUCUAUGCGACGGCCAACUGCCUUCCUUGGAACUACAAUCAUUACAUAUGUAUUUUUUGCUGCAUGCAUAAGCAACAAUGAACUUUUGGCUGUAAACAUCAAUAAGCCGCCAGAUGCGUUUUGGUGGGACGAUGUUGUAGCCGACAUUUUGGAGCAGAUGACUCUCUGGAUUGGCUUCUACUUCAUAGAGAAGCUUUUCAUAUCCUAUGUCACAGUCCACUAUCAUUAUCGAGCGGACAACCACAGAAUCGCCAGAACGAAAGACAUCCACAAUGCUCUCAUUACACUUUAUGAUGCUUCAGUGUAUCUUCACCCGCCCCAUAAUGGCGCUUUCGCUGAGGAAGAUAUGCUCAUUCGGAAUGCGAAAGGGAAUGCAGAAGCUUCUAGUCGCAUAAGAGUGUCUAGCUAUCUAUCUCGGAUGGGAAUAGACGGGUACAAGCUGACCAGCCUAUUUGGUAACUUUAUAUCCGACGAACCCAACGCACACUGGCUGAGGCCGGCAAGUUCCUACGCGGUCAUAGAACGGGCAUGGGCAAAUCCCGUGUCAGCAGCUGCUCUUGCAAGAAGAAUUUGGCUUUCUCUCGUUGCGGAGGGAAAAUCCGGGCUCACGGCUAAAGACAUUAUUGAAGUACUUGGACCCUAUCGCCGGGACGAGGCCAUAAGGACCUUCAAGACUUUUAACGAGAACAACAGCCCAGAUAUUCACAUUGAAGAAUUUGUUGGCAUUGUUACCGAAGGGGGCAAGACUCGACAUGACAUCUAUCGCAACAUGAUCAAUAUGGAUCAUUGCAUCAACACUUUUGACUGGUUUCUUCUUCUAAUUCUGGCGGCAGUCAUGACUUUUUUCAUUAUGGUUGCUUACGUGCCUGCAAUCAAGCAAAUUCAGACGAUUCUUUCUAGCCUUGCAAUUGGUCUCUCGUUUGCGGUCGGCCGGACCUUUCAUCACCUCCUUGUCGGUAUUGUCUUCGUUUUCUUUGACCACCCUUUUGAUAUUGGGGACGUCGUGAACGUUUACAACCCAGGUUCUACCGCGGGCACUUCGUGCGUCGUCAAGCGACAAUCUCUUCUAUACACCAUUUUCAGACGCCUUGAUAAUGGAUGCGAUCUUCAAAUCUCCAAUGACCACCUAUCACAAAAACGGAUAGAAAACUUCUCAAGGUCGGGUAUCAACCGCCAAAGUGUUUCCAUGUUCGUCGACUUUAGAACCGGCUUUAAAGAUAUUGUACGGCUUCGCAUAAUCAUGGAAGAAUUUCUGGCCAGCAAUUCUCGAGACUAUGUUCCGAGCAGCUUGGCUCUGAAUGUGGUCAGUCUCCACGAACUCAACAAAAUGGAGCUUCGACUAGCAUUUACCCACCGAAAUAAUUGGUCUGAUGACAAGCUUCGCUCUCAACGUAGCAACAGAUUUCAUUGUGCUUUGGUGGCGGCUUGUAGGUCUAUUCCGCUAUGGAAGCCAGGCGGAAUGCUCCCAGCAGCGGGUGAGAAUGGUAAUCCAAUGUAUACCGUCCAGCUCAAUCACAGCACAGAGUUGGACGAAAAUAUCAGGAAAGAAAAAGAUCGUCGUCAAGGGCUGCGGUGGGACAACACCAACGACCGCCCACGGGAAGGCGCUUUGAAUGAGGAUAAGCCUGCUCGGACUCUUCCCACGGAGGAAGAAGCUUUCUUGAUGUUUACCCGACUUCCUCCUUCGGAUCAGGGAGCAGCCAGUACUGGUAUUGAGGCUCCGGCCCGCAUAACUGGAAUGCGGCUAAGAAGGGCCGGUAUGUAA